AUGGUAGUUGUUUUUCAUCAGAUACAAGGAACAAUCUUCCCUGCUCCAAAUUUCAACCCUGUUAUAGAUGCUCAGAUGCUAGGGGGAGCCCUACAGGGAAUAAGUUGUGAAAAGGAUACGUUGAUUGAUAUUCUAACACAGCGUUGCAAUGCACAAAGACUUAUGAUUGCAGAGGCUUACAGAAACAUGUAUGGGAGGGAUUUGAUAACGGACCUGAAAGAGAAUCUUUCUGAACACUUUAAAGAUGUUAUGGUUGGCUUGAUGUACCCGCCUGCAUCCUAUGAUGCCCAUGAGCUCUGGCAUGCCAUGAAGGGGGCAGGCACAGAAGAAAACUGUCUAAUUGAUAUAUUAGCCUCAAGAUCAAAUAUGGAGAUCUUCCAGAUGAAAGAGGCCUACUCAAUGCAGUACAAUAGUGAUCUUCAGCAAGAUAUUUAUUCGGAGACUUCAGGCCAUUUCAGAGACACACUUAGGAACCUUGCACAGGGAAUUAGAGAGGAUGGGUAUGCAAAUCCUGCCAUGGCUGCUCAGGAUGCAACGGUGCUUUGGGAUGCAUGUCAGCAAAAGACAGGGGAACACAAAAACAUGCUACAAAUGAUCCUGUGCAACAAGAGCUACCAACAGCUGUGGAUGAUUUUUCAGGAGUUCCAGAAUAUCGCUGGACAAGACCUAGUAAAUGCCAUCAAUGAAUGCUAUGAUGGAUACUUUCAAGAGCUACUGGCAGCCAUAGUUCUUUGUGUUCGAGAUAAGCCUUCCUACUUUGCUUACAGACUCUACAAUGCAAUCCAUGAAUUUGGUUUCCAUAACAAAACUAUCAUCAGGAUUCUGAUUGCCAGAAGUGAAAUAGAUCUCUUGACUAUAAGACAACGAUACAAAGAGAGAUAUGGAAAAUCACUGUUUCAUGAUCUCAAACAUUUUGCAUCAGGACAUUAUGAAAAAGCUUUACUUGCCAUUUGUGCUGGUGAUGCUGAAGAUUAUUAA